AUGGAUUGGCAACCGCAAGAUGAGCCAUUGAGGCAGCUGGCCUGCUGUCUCAGGGACUCCCUGAACAGCGGGGACCCUCAGCUCCGAAAACAAGCCGAAAAUAUGCUUUCCCAAGCAACUGGAUCCCCAGACUACGUCAACUACAUCACAUACAUGUUCUCCACGUCGCAGGUGCCUCCAGCCGUGGCUGCGGCGGGCAUUGACCCUAGCACCUAUGGCGUUGUCCGAUUCGCUGCUACUAUGAAUAUGAAGACGAAGCUCUCGCUGGCCUACAACACAAUCCCUCAGCAGAGUCUGAACUUCAUUCGUUCCGCCGCCUUGGUCGCCCUACGAGACAAUGAUCGCCAAGUCCAGCGCGGUGUUGGCAGUAUCAUUACUGAGCUGGUGCAAAAGGGUGGCCUGCUCGCCUGGCCCGAGGUUUUGCAGGAGCUGUUGUCCCUCGUUGGCAAUGACCAGGGCAACGUCUCCGUCGCUACCCAGGAGGCUGCUAUGGCGGCCCUCUUCAAGGUCUGCGAGGAUAAUCGCAAAAUCUUGGAUCGGGACUACUCCGGACAACGCCCGCUUGACGUGAUCAUUCCCAAGCUUCUCGAGUUUACUACUCGCGAGAGUGCUCGUGUUCGUUCCCUCGCUUUGAACAGCAUCCACCCGCAUGCUCUGGUGGCUUCAUUGGACGUCUUCCUGUCGCAACUUUUCAACCUCUCUGGAGAUCAAGACACCGAGGUGCGCAAGAUGGUGUGCCAGUCAUUCUCGCAGUUGGUGGAGUUCUCGCCGGAGAAACUUAUCCCGCACAUGGAGGGCCUGGUUAGCUACAUUCUCAUGCAGCAGCAAAACCAGGAGGACCCUGAGCUUGCUCUUGAUGCGGCUGAGUUCUGGAUUGUUGCUGGCGAGCAGCAGAGCCUUCGUCAGCCUUUGGCUCAGUACAUGCACAAGGUUAUUCCAGUUCUGCUUCAGAACAUGGUCUACGAGGAGGACGAUGUUAUCCGUCUCAUGGGUGAUGAGGAUGAUGCUGAUGUUGAGGAUCGUGCCGAAGAUAUGAAGCCUCAGUUUGCCAAGACAAAGGGUGCUCGUCUGGAUACAUCCAAGCCCGGUGAACAGGCGGCCAAUGGCCAGCAGCAGCAACAGCAGCCAGAGGAAGAUGAGGAUGACCUGAGCGAGGGCGAGAUCGAGGACUCCGAGUUUGGAGAUGACCCAGAGGGCGAAUGGACACUUCGCAAGUGCUCAGCUGCUGCAUUGGAUGUCUUCUCGAAUGUGUACCACGAUCAGAUCUUUACCAUUAUCCUGCCCUACCUGAAGGAGACCCUUCGUCACGAGCAGUGGCCCAACCGUGAGGCGGCUGUCCUCACCUUGGGUGCCGUUGCUGAUGGUUGCAUGGAUGCGGUCACUCCUCACCUCCCUGAGCUUGUGCCGUACUUGAUCUCCCUGCUGAACGACGCCCAGCCUGUCGUGCGGCAGAUCACCUGCUGGUGCUUGGGACGCUACUCGGAAUGGGCAUCCCAUCUCCACGACCCGGCCCAGAAGCAACAGUACUUCGAGCCGAUGAUGGAGGGUAUUUUGACCCGUAUGCUUGACAACAACAAGAAGGUGCAGGAAGCCGCUGCUUCUGCCUUUGCCAGCCUGGAAGAGAAGUCUGACGACAACUUGAUCCCUUACUGCGAGCCCAUUCUCCGCCAAUUCGUUCAGUGCUUCGGCAAGUACAAGGAUCGCAACAUGUAUAUCCUUUAUGACUGUAUCCAGACUCUGGCUGAGUGUGUCAUGACUGAGCUGGCCAAGCCUCAGCUUGUCAAUAUCCUCAUGCCUGCUAUGAUCGAGCGGUACAACCACGUCAAUGAUCAGUCACAGGAGCUGUUCCCCUUGCUCGAAUGUCUGGGCUACAUUGCUGCUGCAUACGGCGAAGCCUUUGCUCCAUUCGCUCCCCACCUGUUCCAACGCUGCACCAAGAUUAUCUACCAGAACCUUAGGGAGUCUGUUGCCUCUCAAAACAACGAGGCCAUUGACGAGCCUGACAAGGACUUCUUGGUUACUAGCUUGGAUUUGUUGAGCGCAAUCAUCCAGGCUAUUGAUCCCCGGCAGAGCGGCGAGCUGGUUUCAAACUCUAGUUUCUUCGACCUGCUUGGCCUUUGUUUGCAGGACCCCAACUAUGAGGUCCGCCAGUCAUCCUACGCUUUGUUGGGUGACUGUGCCAUCAGCAUCUUCCCGCACCUGGAACCUUAUAUCCCCACGAUCAUGCCGGUUCUCAUCAAGCAGCUUGACCUAGAUCUCAUUCGGGAUGACGAUCGCCAAACGGGUUUCAGCGUGCUGAACAAUGCCUGCUGGUCUUGUGGUGAGAUCGCAGUUCAAGAGAAGGCUGUGCUUGGUCCGUAUGCUGAUAAGCUGUACCACGGCCUCCUCACCAUCAUGGACAACGAAGAGAUCAUUGACUCUGUCAAUGAGAACGCUGCGAUGGCCCUGGGCCGACUUGGUCUCUUCUGCCCGGAUUCUCUCGCAUCGGAGCUCCAGAACUUUGCCACCUCGUUCCUGAAGUCGAUGAGCAAGAUUGAUUUCACUCGUGAGAAGGCGUCUGCUUUCCUGGGCUUCAACAACAUGGUCAUGAAGAACCCCCAGGCCAUGGAGGGCUGCUUGGGAGACUACUUCCAGUCAAUUGCGUCGUUCCCAGUCAAGACUCUAUCACAGGAGGAGUACCGGGAUAUUCAAGGCUCAUUCCAACAGGUCCUGCAAGGCUACAAAAACAUGAUACCCGACUUUGAUGCGUUCCUCUCGCAGCUUCCCGGCCCCGUAGCCCAGAAGCUGCGUUCAGCCUAUCAGGUCUAA